AAAUUGUUUUUAUUUUCUUUGUUUCAUUAUAUAUAACAAUGUCGAUUAUACCGUAUAAACGAAAAUUGACAUUAUUAAAAAAUUCAUUAAACGAUUCUGAAGAAGUUACUAAUCAAUUACUAAAUACAUCAUUAGGAGGAAAAUAUAUAAAAUUAUCCAAAGACUAUGCAGCCAAAGUAAGAGGCACGGGGACUAGAUAUUAUCGAAAAAAUGAAUGGGAUGGCAAGACGAUUUCAAGAUCGGAUGCACGAAAAGUCAAUAUGAAAGAUGAUAUUGAGGACCAUUUUCACAACUCACAACUCGAGAAGGAUUCUCUUGAGAAUGUAUUAGAAACAUUUAUACACAAUUUUUUAACUUCAAAAAUAAAAAGAACAACUAUUCAAAAGAAUGUAGAAAAAGAAGAAACAAGAGAUGAUGAAAAGACGGAUCAAGAAGCCACUGAUGAUGAUGAAUCGACAAAGGAAAAAGAACAAAUAAAAGACGAAACAGAUGAUGAGGAGCUAGAAAAUCGAAUUGAUUUUACAAAAAAUUCUUGUUUAUGUUUUAUAGAUCGUAUAUUAUGUAAUAUGACCAAUGCAUACAAACCAAUUCAAUCAGAGCUUGAAGAAGGUUGCGAAACGAUACUUGAUUUAAAUAUUAAUUCAUCCACUGAUGAUUCUGAGAAUGAUUCAAAUGAGGAGAAUUUAGAAAAUGAAGAUGAUUCCGAGAAUAAGAAUGUUGCAGAAAAUGAUGAUAGUUCUGAGAAGGAUUCAGUUGAGAAGGAUAAUUCGAAAAAUGAAGAUGAAUCUGAAACUGAGGAGAAUGCUUCAGAAAAUGAAGAUGAACAUGAGAGUGAUUCAGAUGAGGAAGACUAUUUAGAAAAUGAAGAUGAUUAUGAGAAUGAUUCAGUUGAGGAGGGUAAUUUAGAAAAUGAAGAUGAAUAUGAGAAUGAUUCAGAUGAGGAAGAAUAUUCAGAAAAUGAAAAAGAUCCUGAAAGUAAGAAUACUGCAGAAAAUAAUGGCUCAAAGAAACAUAAAGGUGCAAUAGAUUGGGAAUUUAUGUUAACCCAUCUAGCUCUAGCAAAACUACCUACAGUUGUUAUAGAGCGAGUAAAAAGGCAUAUGAUUUCUGUUACAGGGAGAACCACACCAGUAAUUGACACUUUAAUGCAGACUCAUGGGAAUACUGAUCUAACACUCUCUAAAAUUGAACAUGAAAUGAAAGAGUUUAUAAGUAAUGUGACGAAUUCAAAUGGAUCCUUUGAAGAGAGACCAGAAGAUCAGGCAUUUACCAAAGAUAUGAAAUGGUUUAUAGAUUUAACUCAACAAGAUUGUGAUACCCAAAAUGAAGAAGUAGACAAGAUUCAUUUGAAAUUUACUAAUCAAGUAUUAAAUUCUAAAUCUGUCUUUUUCUAAAUAAUGAUGAUGUGUUCAUUGCUUACAAUAAAAUAUGAAUAGAUCGAACAUAUUUUUUAUUCACGAAAUCAAUGAAAUUUAUUGGCCCUCAUUUUUUUUU